CUGCGCGCUAGUUUCUGUCAAAUUUUGGUUCUGGGGUUACCCUGUACCACAAUAUUUGUUUACUUGCUGUGUGGUGACAAGGAAUCGUAUAUCGUUUUAAAACUCGCAGCUCAUCAAAUAGCAUGUGUGACUGACUGAGUGUGUUAGAGCGUAGCCCGGCCAUCCUGCCAACAGGAUGAGUGACAACUGGCGGAAGAAAAUGUCCAACUCGAACGCGAAGCCGAAAAACAAUGGCGGGCAACGCUCAGGAGGGGGAGGGGGGAACUCGAACCGCCGACCCAACUCCGCCAAGGGAAACGGAAAGCAAACUCAGUCACCCUUGCAGAGAUCCACCAGCUACGAAGGUGUCCGCAAGAUCGUCGCUCGUGAAGGGCGGUCAGCGCGCAACCUGGUGGCAUGGAGGGUGCCCAUGGACACCUCUGUCUCUGCAGGAAAGGGAAAGAUGUCCAAUAAAAAGGCAAAGGCUGAAAAGAUGGAAGGCAAAGCUGCAGCCAUGGGCAGUCACGCAGCAGAGAGUUUGAGGUCCAAGUCAGCACAGAGAGACUCUUCUUCCGAGGGAAGUAAAGGGACACAGACGUCGCCUCGCAAAAAAUCGCCCGGGCAGACAAAAGGGAAGAAGGCUGAUGUGCGAGCGCGCUACUGGGCGUUUCUGUUCGACAAUCUCCGAAGGGCUGUGGACGAAAUCUACCAAACAUGUGAAGCUGAUGAGAGUGUGGUGGAGUGUAAGGAAAUGCUGCUGAUGUUAGACAACUACUCUCGAGAAUUCAAGGCACUGAUAGAGUACAUUGAAAUGCAGAAACAGUUAGAGAAAUCUGACAACUGGCCCAGUUCCCUAGCGUGGGAGGUAAGGAAGUCUCCAGGACGGCCGCUGGGCCCCAGUCCGACACCGUCAGAACGAGUAACUCCCAGUCCCGUGUCACGGAGCCUCAACUUCAGCGGACAUUCUCUGCCAAGGGGGAUAUCACCGACCCCUAAGCAACCAGCUGGAACAGCUGCGAAAGAUGCAGAUGAGAUUGCACCUGCCAAGGAUCCACAGGUGGCUGCACCUGUUGUGAGCACUGUGGCAGGAGCCACUGGCACCUGGGCAGACAAGGUGAAGGGGAGUCCCUCGGCUCCAAGUGUGGCUCAGCCAAUCAGCAGUCCCGAUACAAGCAAACAGGGAUCCCCAAAGGCAGUACAGGAAGAGGCAGUUCAUAACACAUGUGAUACAGAUGCAGAUACAGAAGACUCGGGAGGCUGGGAAACUGUCCAGAGAGGAAGACGGCGCGACCCAGACAGUCGUCAACAGAGACCCUCCAGACAGACAGCACCCAAGAGCGCCAGACAUCAGAACAGUGCUAAAAACAGUCCUAAUGCUGACCAGAAGCUGAACAGAGAGAGAGCUGACAGUCAGAAGGAGAACAGACCUUCUCAUAGAGUAAUGCCACCUGGCAACCCUUCUCAGAACUGCAGAAAACCCACACAGAAUACCAAGAAAUUAGAUCCACAGAAAGCUAAUACCGAUGUCAAACCGAAGGUGAUAAACGGUCAGCCCGAUGGAAAGACUGAAGUCUACAAUGCUUGGACACAGGUUAAGAACAAACCUAGUAGCAACGUAGCAACUUGCUCAACUGAGAUGCUGAAAACAGAAGACAAAGUGAAGAAUUUAGGAAGAACAGAAACUGGUAGUAGCUGUGAGAAGGCCAGCGAUAAGUCCCAAACAGACAAUUCCCCAACAGACAAUCAGGCUGAAGCUGCCGAUACCCCACCAUCUCCUACAAAAGACGUAGUCGACGAUCUCUUGAAGAAACUGAUUCUGAUAGACUCCGGUGAGCAGAGCAACGGAAUCACAGAGCCAGAAGCUGAUGUAAAUAAAAACAAUGGUGCACAGGAAAAACUUGACAAAAGCCCACAAGAGGAAGCGAUGGAAAGUGAGAAGACAGUAGGGGAGAAUGGUUUGCCUCUGGACAGUGAUAUAAAGAUUACAGAGGACUUUACACAUCAUGAGGAAGAAGAGGAUGAUGAUGAUGAUGACAUUCUUGAUUCUGCACUAGAUGAUACGGUGGCAGCCAUAGAGAAGCAGGAGGAGGAGCUAGCCUCCAAGCUGCAGGCUUACCAGGACGAGGCUAUCGCCUGGGCCAUGGAAGAGGAGCGCUCCCUCUCCAAGCAGAUAGAGGAGGAAGAAAAGGCUCCAAUCCUGGUGGACACUGACAGGGAUGGGGAGAGUGAUCUUGGGAACGCUAAGUCUAGCCGUUGUUCCAACAAGGAUGACCAUUCCAGCAGUACUAUAGAGGCCGAAAGUUCCUAUGAGCCCAAACCAGAGCCCCCAUUGGUAGAGUCUGCGGACACGCAGGAUAGCGCAGGCCUGCCAUGUCGUGCAGACGGUCGUAUAGCCCAGUCUGAGGCUGAAGGACGGUCUCUACCGCACCCUCCCUCCGCCUCUCUUGACUCCACUGGCCAACCCCUAGACUGGACAGAGAUAAUGGCUGAAUACGAAGCAGGGGCACAGUACCGGGAGAGCACGUCCUGGGGAGAGAUGGUGGAGGAUUUUGAGAGCAGACCCCCGGGCCGCGCACUCCACAUGCACGAGAAACUCUCCUCACCAUCCAGGAAAAAGCCGUUGGCUGAGUCUUGGAAGAAGCACAAGGAGAAGCAGGCCAAGGCUGCAGCCCUGAGAGAAAGGCUGAAGACAGAACAACAGUGUAAACUACAGCAGCUGGAGGAAAGGAUAAAGGAGGUUCGUGAGUGGAAGGAGCAGUUGUUAGAUGAGAAGCGGCUGGCCAUGGAUGAGAAGCUGGAGCGAGCAGAGAGAAAACGUCUGCUGCAGCUCCAGGCUGUGGUCAGGAAGGCACAGGAGGAGGAGGCCAAGGCCAAUGAAAUCGCUUUCAUCAACACCCUGGAAGCACAGAACAAACGGCAUGACAUCAUGACUCGCUACCAGCUGGUGGAGUCCAGACUACAGGAGCUGCUGGAUAUGCGUCAGAAGAAGCAGGAAGAGAAGGCAGCUAAAGAAGAAGCAGUGCAGGAGCGCAGGAAGGCAUUGGAGGCGGAGAGACAGGCACGUGUGCAGGAACUCAUCAACAAACGGGAGGAACAAGAGGCCAGGAUUGAACAACAGAAGUUAGAGAAGGACAAGGCCAGGGAGAAGGCAACCAGAGAACGGGCCAGAGAACGGGAACAGAGAAUGAUUGCCCUAAAUGCCGCCCAGCAAGCCAACCUGGAGGAGCUACAGAAGAAAAUACAAAUGAAGCAUGACGAGAGCAGCCGCCGACACCUGGAGCAGCUGGAGCAGCGGCGGGAGAAGGCAGCUGACAUGAGCACCCUGAAGCACCUGACAGGUGGGGGGGAGGACGACACCCCACAGUCGGUACCGUACGAGCAGAAGAAAGUCUGCAGCCUCUGUACAGUUGUGAUUGCAUCAGAAGUGCACCUGUGGAGCCACCUGAAGGGUAAAAAGCACCAGGAAGCCAUGUCUGAGCAGAUGGAGGGAAAAAUGUUAUCAGAAGAAGAAAUGCAAACCCUCUCGUUGAAGUACAUCAAAGAUGCCCUGGAGGGAGGACAUGACACCAGUGCUGAACAGGAGAAGGAACGACAGAAAAUGCUGAAGAAACGUGCCAAAAAGCUCCGCUCUAGGAUGGCGGCCAGGGGACGGGAGUACGAGAGCGUCCACGGCGGCAAGUUACCCAACCCGGACUCCACGCACCGGGCAAAGAUACAGAAGGUUGUGAAGGACCUUAACAAGCAGCUUCAGAACCAGGGGACAGGACCAUGGCAGCAGAACAGGGUCCAGGCCCUGGACAGGACUCUAGGAGAGGCCAGCAGGGUCAUGGAGAAAGGGAUUGCCUCGGACAAGCAGGUGUUCCGCAGCUGCGGAGGGAUGACAUCCCUGUCCCGACUGCUGUUCCUCACUGAGACCAACGGAGAUGGCAAGCCACCUGUUAUCCCAAACAAGUCCUUAAACCUGGUGGCGUCUGUUUACGGGCUGGCCUGCGCAGGGCUGGAGGAAAACUGUGUGUACGUGCUCCUGAGUAACAAGAUUGCAUCAGUGGUCGAUGCCCUAUCACAUCAACUCAUGACCCUGCUGCCCGAAGUGUCUAGCCCGCUGACCGGCAGUGGAGGAGCGCGUGUCCAGCUGCCCAGCGACCCGGUGGCCAUGAGCCUGAUGCAGACCUUGUCCACCAUUCUGGACUGCCUGGCCAGCCAUUACACCAGCAGGCAGGCCAACAGGACGGCCACUACCGGGACUGACCUGGACACUCUGAUUGGAAGAGGGUACGACCUUGUCAGCUAUGUGGUGAGUGUGGGGAUAGUGGACAAGCUGUCUCAGUACUUUAAGAGUGUGCGAGGGCCCAUCGACCAGGACCUGAAGGCUGCAGAGUUCCUGGGGAGUGGAAUGGGCCUGCUGGCCUCCAUGAACAAAUUUGUAUCUUCUCUUGGCAAAUCAAACAGUGAAAAGGGUCCAAAGAAAGACGACACGACCCAGCUGAUCCACACCUACAAGGUGACAGAGUUAGUGGGGAUUGUGUCUCUACUGUACGGCAUGCUGCUCCACAGUGGUGCCCCUGAGAGGGGCCCCUCCCCCCCUCCAGAGGCCUUCCCCCCUCACACCCUCCACGUGGCCACCAUGGGCAUCAGGAUGCUCAACAACAUGGCUGGACUGGACCUCAACAUGUUACAGACCGCACUGGGAGAGGAGGGUAUCUCACUGGAGUUUCGGCACAUUGCCAGCUACCUGCUGUGGUACUGCACACAUUGGACCAAUCAGGACCUACUUCAUGAAGUCAUCCUUAUUGUUGGAUACUUCACUGCUCUUAACGGUGACAAUCAGCGUGCAGUGGUUGUGAGAACGGUUGGGACCAUGAUGGUUAACAGAACAGGUGAUGAAGGAAACUCCCCGCGAGCCCAGCACAAGGCCAGCAGUUUGUUUGUACAGACCCUCUCCAUCCCCCUCAUGAACCUGCCCGGGAAGGGAGAAGGCAUUCUUGGCAUGUGCUCGCCAACCCCAGUGUUUAUUGUUUAUGGCUGCGUGGCUCCAGUUCUUCUGCUGGAGACACUCCAAUCUAUGUCUGGGGAGGGCUGUCCGCCCCACAAGGGCAGAGGUAGUGCCCCGCCUGACCUCCCUGUUCUGGGUGGGCUGGGCCCUGUUGCUGCCACUUCUCCCCAGAGAGGGGAAGUGGUGGGGAGGGAUUAG